CUUCGGUGCCGAAUGAUGUGGCACGUACGCCCUCAAGGCCUCAACUGUCCCACAUCAGUCCACAUAAGCUAUAGCAGCUUAGCAGCCGGCCACUUGAAGCAGUUCAGACCUGAAAGAAAGAAACGACACACCGCAACGUGCCACCGUACAAAACCCGGAGAUCGACCGCGCCCAGAGCCCAGAAACAAAACAAUCAUUCACCCGCGCGCACGCACACACGCGCUGGCACGCCUGCAGGUGCGCGGUCACCGCGCGAGCACGCCGCCAUGCAGCGACGUCCGGGAAGACCCCGCGGCCGCCACUCUCUUCUCCCGGCCGCGGCGGGCGUGCUCCGGUGCAUCGUCCUCGCCGGGGCCGUCGCCGUCGUGGCCGCGGGCGCGCACGCGGACGCGGUCGCGGCGCCGGCGAUCCUGGACACGGUGUGCGGGUCCAGGCAGGCGGCCGACCCGGAGUCGUUCGACGUGAGCUUCGUCAACACCCUGGAGCUCAUCUACCAGAACGUGACGCGCUCCGGCUUCGGCGCCGCCUCCUCCGGCUCCGGCAACUUCUCCGUCUUCGGGCUCGGCCAGUGCCUCGCCUACCUCUCCCCGACCGACUGCCAGCUCUGCUACGCGCAGAGCCGCGUGAAGCUGCCCCACUGCCUCCCGGCCGACGGCGGCCGCAUCUACGUCGACGGCUGCUUCCUCCGCUACGGCGCCGGCAACUUUACCGCCGCCGCCACCGACGCCGGCGACACGUUCCUGUGCUCCAACGACACCGCGCCGGCAACCCCGGCGUUCGCGGCCGCGGCCGCCGCGCUGGUGCGCAACGUCACGGCGACCGCGCCAGGGGCGAGGGGGUACUACUACGCCGGGUCGGCGUCGGCGUCCGCGAUGCCGACCGGCGCGCGAGUGUACGCGGCGGCGCAGUGCUGGAGGUCGCUGAACGCCACGGCGUGCACGGCAUGCACGGAGAGCGCGCGGGACCGGGUGGUGCGGCAGUGCCUUCCCGGCGCCGCCGAGGGGUACGGGCUCAACGCCGGCUGUGUCGUCAGGUACUCCACGCAGCCCUUCUACCUGCCGGCGAAAGCCGGCGGCGGCGGCGGGUCAUCCACCCGGCACAUAAUCAUCAUCGUCUUCGCAUCCGUCCUCUCCGCCAUGGCUGUCAUCGGCAUAGUAUUUAUCUGGACACGAAUGAGGCCCAGGAGAGACGACCUCCACGACGACAUGGAUGGCUCUGGCGAGAUCAUCCGCACCAUCAUGUCGUCGCAGCUUGGCUUCCGGUACGAGGAGCUGCGCAAGGCGACCGAUGACUUCAAUCAGAUCAACAAGCUCGGCCAGGGCGGCUACGGUUCAGUUUACAAGGGCGUGCUUCCGGAUGGCCGGGAGAUCGCCGUGAAGCGGCUCUACCUCAACACGCGGCAGUGGACCGACCAGUUCUUCAACGAGGUGAAGCUCGUCAGCCAGGUGCAGCACAAGAACCUCGUCAAGCUCCUCGGGUGCAGCGUCGAGGGCCCUGAGAGCCUCCUCGUCUACGAGUACCUCUGCAACACCAGCCUCGAUCACUACCUUUUUGAUGCUUUCAAGAAGAACGCGUUGGAUUGGGAGCGGCGGUCGGAGAUUGUCCUCGGGGCGGCGGAGGGUUUGUCAUACCUCCACAGUGGCUCCGAGGUCAGGAUCAUACAUAGGGACAUCAAGGCCAGCAAUGUGAUGUUGGAUGAGAGGUUCAGGCCUAAGAUUGGCGAUUUCGGCCUGGCCAGGAACUUCAUGGAAGAUCAGACCCACCUCAGCACCGGCCUCGCGGGAACAUUUGGAUAUAUGGCUCCGGAGUACAUCGUUCACGGGCAGCUGACGGAGAAGGCCGACAUCUACAGCUAUGGUGUGCUGGUCCUUGAGAUCGUCACCGGCCGCAAGAACCACAACUCUGUGGCGUCAUCGGCCGAGGGAUUGUCCCUCAUGUCUCAGUUAUGGAAGCACUACAACGCCGGUACCCUGAUGGAGAUCCUGGACCCAAACCUCCGCGACCAAUGCUCGGAGGCGGAAGCUCUCAAGGUGUUCCAAGUCGGGCUGCUGUGCGCGCAGGCAUCGCCGAACCUCAGACCGCCGAUGUGGAAGGUGGUGGAGAUGCUGGGAAGUGGGGAUAGGGUGCUGCCCAAGCCUACCGAGCCUCCGUUCAUCAACGUAAAAGGGUCGAACGCGAAGAGCGAAAGCUCGGGGUCAUCAAUGUCUCUGAUGUCGAACUCCGACAAGUCGCCGUUCUCGACGAACCAGCUGUCGGUGAGUGGGGUGCAAGCCAGGUGAUUAACAACAGGGUGUGAAGGAUCAUCUUAACAUUUUUUGUCAUUGUUUUACGUUAGGAUGAUAUUGAAGUACUACUAACUGAAAAUGUUCCCAUCAUAGAACCCUGUUUGUAAGAUGUAAGUAAGCAACCAGAGGAGUGUUAGCUUUGUCAAAUAUUCAGAGAA